AUGGCGUCUCAGGGUAAUCCGACGCCGAUUGCAAUCAGCCCUGCCCCCGUGCUGGCGCCGGCGACCAGCAAGCCCGAUGCCACAUCAGUCCCGGGAGCCACCCUCACACCCGGAAAGACGACUCUGCAGAGGGCCUCAUCGCCCCCGAAUCCGAAGAAGCGCGCCUCUUCGAGCCCCGAUGCUUCCGGUCCCGCCAAGGUCACCAAGAGGCGUGCGGCGAGGGCCUGCGUGUCAUGCCGUGCUCGCAAGGUGCGGUGCGAUGUUGUGGAGGGCGCGCCGUGCGGGAAUUGCAGGUGGGACAACGUCGAGUGUAUUGUGCAGGAAUCUCGAAGGAGAAAGAAGAAUAUCCAUCAACUCGCUGCAAAUGCUGCGGCCGCGAGGCACAUGUCCUCGGGGGCCGAGGCCCAGGUGAAGCCUGUCUCCGCGAUCGGCGCCAACCCAAUCCCUAUCACGAGCUCGCCGUCGCUACUUGGCACUGAUGCGGCUGCUUCGCUGAAUCCCGGCGCCGGGAACGCUGGCUUGUUUCUGGGUGCGGGAUUGAGCGGUGCGUCGCCCAAUCUGCUGUCAGACGCCGGUGACCACUCCUUUGGCUUCGUGGCGGUGGGUCACAAGUGCACGGGACGAGUCAAGUUGCAAGUUGCAAUUGCUGCAGGCUCGGAGCAACCUCCUCUCCCCCCCCCCGCUGUCACAUACCAACAACCUGGCUACGGCAAUAUCACAGAUGAGAACUCGCGCCGCCUAUUGACGAGUCUUCUCAACCAGGUUGCCCUCUUCGGUGGAAAUUCCCAAUUCCUCGGGAACCCUGAGGAGCCCGAUAUCAGCACUCUUCUCCCGCCCUUCAUCCGUCCAUUCCCCGCAAAGGUCUCAGCCCAGGAUGUGAAAUUCCUGCGUGAGAAGGGCGCGCUCAGCCUGCCCAGCACUGCUCUCCAGAAUGCGCUCGUCCAGGCCUACGCCGAGUACGUGCAUCCUUACAUGCCGCUCUUGGACAUGCAAGACUUCCUCAGCCUUAUCAACGCCCGCGACGGAUCUCGUGGUCAGCUCAGCUUGUUCCUGUACCAGGCUGUCAUGUUUGCCGCUACGGCUUUCGUCGACAUGAAGCCGCUCCGGGAAGCUGGUUACCCCACUCGGAAGGCCGCCCGCAAGGCCUUCUUCCAGAGAACUAGGUUGUUGUAUGAUUUCGACUACGAGUCCGACCGAGUUGUCCUUGUUCAGGGCCUCUUGCUGAAGACUUUCUGGUAUGAGAGCCCAGACGAUCAGAAGGACACCUGGCACUGGAUGGGUGUGGCCAUCAGCCUUGCCCACACCAUUGGCCUCCACCGCAAUCCCACGGCGUCGAACAUGCCGCCCAAGAAGCAGAAGCUGUGGAAGCGAAUCUGGUGGUCCUGCUUUAUGAGGGACCGCCUUAUCGCGCUUGGCAUGAGGCGCCCAACUAGGAUCAAGGACGAGGAUUUCGAUGUUCCCAUGUUGGAAAAGACCGAUUUCGACAUCGAGUGCCUCCCUGACGACAACACCGUCGUCACCCCUGAUUGCGCCGUUAUGAGGGAUCUCUCCGUCCAGGAAGACCUCGCUGAGUUGUGCGUUGCCAAGGCGCACCUCUGCAUUCUCAUCAGCCGUAUGCUCAAGGCUCAGUACUCUGUCCUCGCAAGAGACAAGUCACAACCGGAGAACACGACCCAUAGCACCAUGAUGCUGCUACCCAACAAGGCCAACAAUGUGGAAAUGGUCAAGACCGUUGACCUCGACCUCAUUUCUUGGGAGAGCGCUCUUCCCGAGUCCUGCCAGUACCGCCCCCUCACACCUCUUGACGUUCGCGAUGGAAAGUCGACCGUUGCCGUGCACCGCACGCUCCUCCACAUGGUUUACCACACGACAGUGUCCGCUCUGCACCGACCUCAGUUCCUCCCCGCCUCGCCAGUCCACGCGCUCAUGGCGUCUCGCCCCGUCCAAGAGAUGGCGAGAAUCCGAGUCCGCGAUGCUGCCACUCGCAUCACUCUGAUGGCUGCAGACCUUCACCGAUACAGGCUUGAGCGAUAUCUCCCCACAUCUGGUGUUACCGUUGUUCUGCCCGCCAUGAUCAUUCACCUUUUGGACAUGAAGAACCCCGUACCCCAGACCCGCGAGCGGGCCAUUCGGGGAUUCAAGCAGUGCAUGAAGGUCAUGGAAAGGUUGCGAGAUAUUUACGCCGCGGCUGAUUACGCGGCCGGUUUCCUGGACGGCGCGCUUCGCAAGGCCUCCAUCGACCUCAGCGCCUCCUCCACACCCAACGUUACCGUACCACCGCCUCCUACCAAGUAUACUCCUCAUGGUGUUUCGGCGCAAACUCCUCCUCCAGAGAAUGCGCCCUACAUGACAACUCCCGAGGCGUCGUUGUACACGGCGAGCUACUCUCAAGAGCAGCCCGCCGCCGCCACCACUUUCACUCCUCCCGCGACUAUGGCUACUCCCGUCGCGAUGUCCGCCGCGUCCCCGCCUCACACGGAGAAGGACGUCGACUCCGCAACCUAUGGACUCACUCCUAGCGCAAGCGGCUCAUCUGAGGAGAUGAACAUGGACUACGACAUGAUGCAAAACGGGGGCCACAAUGGCGUCUCUGGCCUCGGAGAGGGCAACUGGAACGCCGAUGUGGAUAUGGAUCAGUGGCUCCAGUUCCCUCCUGAAGGUGUCAGCAACUCUGAUGACUCCUUCAUGGCGGGCAUGUUCAAUGACGAUUCCGCCGCGCAGUUGGCGCCUGAGCAGGUUCUUCCGUGGGCGACUGCGUUCUCAACGGAGGGUGCCUCUGUCGACCAGACCACUGUCGGCCCUAUCGAUGUGGCUGUUCAAAUAUAA